UUGACCCAUUAGGACGAAAUCUUAGAAUAAUGUUUAAGAUGCGUGAGCCAAGACUUUAUGUAACCAAAAAUAAGUGUCCUGUUGUCUGACCAAGAGCAUCGGGAUAAACAGACAGAGGUGGAAGUGGCCCUUCCGCUGCAGCAAACCCGCACAUCUGCUUUGGGGGCGAGUUUCUUUUUUUACGUAAAGGAUGUGAGCAGGAGUGGCACUCGGGGGGCUUUAAAUAGGAACUGUCUCCAAACUUUGAGACAACAGAGCAUCUGAAAACUUCCAGCAGCUCGCAGUAGAAACCAACUGUUUGCUCCAGGAUGGACGAGAACAGGAGACUGGGAAUGAGGGACACUGUGCUGGCGCUCUUACUCGCUGUCCUCCAGGGAUUUCCUCUCGGGGAGACGGUCCCGAACCCAUCACCGCUGGUCGGAUCCAACUGGGGGAACCCGAGGAGAUACGUUCACCUGCAGACUUCCACAGACCUCAACAACUUCUACUUGGAGAUCAGAUUAGAUGGCACUGUGCGCAAAACUACAGUCAGGAGUUCAUAUAGUGUGAUUUUACUGAAAGCUGAAACAAGGGAGCGCAUCGCCAUCCUCGGCGUCAAAAGUAGCCGCUACCUGUGUAUGGAUCUGGAGGGCAACCCGUUCAGCUCUCCCAUCUGCCACAGGGACGAGUGCCUGUUCAACCACAAACUUCUGGAGAACAACCGAGACGUGUACUACUCCUGCAGGACCGGCAUCCUGUUCAACCUGGAGGGCUCCCGGCAGGUGUACUCAGCGGGCCAGAACCUGCCCCAGACCUCCCUCUUCCUGCCCAAGAAGAACACGGUGCCGCUGGAGCGCCUCCUGCUGCACAGGGAGAAGAGGAACCAGGUGGUGGAUCCCUCCGACCCGCACAACUUCUACCUGGGGCAGACAGAGGAAGGCUCGGACUCCCGGGCCGUGCCAGAGGACGACGCCGAGCUGGAGGUGGAGGUAGAAGUGGAGGCUGGGGACGAAGGGCGCAACGUGUCCCGGGAGACGCCGCUGGAUCCGUCCAACCACGACCCCUGGAACGUGCACUCCUACAACCCGGCCAGCCCCCGGAGCACCGGGACCAUGGGGUGAUUUUACUGUAGACUGGCAUGAGUGUGGAGAAGUCUGGGCGCCCUUUUGUCUUAUCUAAGUGAGUCCAAGUUUAACCUUGUAGUUUAUCAUCAUAUGAGAGAGAAAAAAAGCAUAAACAUCUGAAUUUACUUACAACCAAACUGAGAGGAGAACAUUCAGGUUGCUCCUUCUAUUUCACACUGACUCAAUAAUGUGUUUUCAGUCAUCAAUCAUUCAGAAAAGCAGUGUGUUUAUACACUGAAUGUAUUAGACUUGACUUGAAGCCCCUUUUUGCACAAUUUAUAUAUAUUAUCUUAAAGCUCAACUCCUUUCUGUUGAUUUAACACCAUCUGCUUUGUAAAUUUAAUGUUAAAUCCACAAGGGAUAUGUAUUUUACCCGGAUUUAUCUCAUAAAUAAUGAAUAUUUUGUACAUUCAAAAGCAGGUUUGGUGAUAGAUGUGUGAUGCAGGGAUUUUAUCGCACCUAAAAUGUAUUUUAGAUGACACAUUUAAUUGCUUUUACCUUCAGAACCAAUGAGUAACAAAUUACUGACAUCUAUUUCCUCAUUCCAGUCCAUUAUAAUAGUUGGCAUCCUCUCAAACGCUGAUAGCUUAUAUGAGAAAUGGAAGUUAAAAAAAAACUGAAUUAUUCAUCAAUAUUGUGUCCCUGAGGAGCUAUUUUACUGAGGAUGUGAUUGCUCGACAACUUCUGGGGAUGUAGUUAUAUCAGUAAAGCCAACAGAGUCCAAGAAAUUAUUAAUUCCAUUGUGUACAUUUUGUUCACAUAUUGUUUUUUUUGUGGGCUGUUAUCAUUAAGGGUUUUACAGCUGGCCUGAGAAACCCGCAUUAAAAAGACAGAAGCCUACCUCUGGAGGACAAAAGGCCCUGUCUACUUAUGUGAAACUAGGCAGGCAUGAUUUAAAAUGAAAUAUAUAUGUAGGACUAUAUGUAAGAGUUGUAUUUAGUAGAGUUAAGGUUAAGUUUUGCCUUUAUUUUAAAGUCCUAAGUUUACUAAGUUGGAUAGAGAAGAUUUGAAGUUUGUUUAUCUUUAGAUUUUGAACCUAGAACAGCAAUUCCAAAAACUUUUCUAAAACUACAGAUCACUGCAAUCACUUACAGUAUCUUCAAUGUGGUAACGUGUCCAUAUAUAUGUGCAUUUCUUUGCAAACAGGAGUGUAACUACAGGGUAAAUAACCUUUACAGAGAAAUCAAAUCUAAACUCCUGCUAUGUGAUUUUUACAGGUGCUGGGCACCACCAGCAAACACGAAAACCCAGUCCCUGAGAGUAUUUAUUUAUUUAAAUCCAUUCCUUAAAUGUUAUUUAUGGUAUUUAUAAGGAUGAUUUACAGUUAAAUGUACAUGUAAGUAAACAUGGUUUGUCUUUGAAUGUAUGCGUCGGAGUUGUAAACGGAGUGUUGCUUGAAUUUGGGACAAAAUAAACUCAUAAAGGAAACAUGUUUCAAGUGUUAAGUGUCAUUUAUAGCUGUGAAUUUUUUGAAGCUUUUGUGUUGUGACAUCAUGUGUGCUGCCUUUAUUUGGUAAAGACAACAUGUACUAUGUGAAAACAGGUCUAACAUUCACCCAGUCACUGCGCAGUAGUUCCUCUCAUUAGCUGAACUUCCUGUACUUUCCCACCUCCUCUGACUAAUUAGCUCACAGCUGAGUCAUGUCUCUCUAAAAAUACACUUCAGUGCCAUUAACCUUUGACGCCUUAAAGGAAUCUUCUUUCUUUUAAAACACAUAUCUUAAAUAAAUAUCUUGUAAAGCUUACAGGAGUUUUAACAGCUUGUUUGUACAUUCAGAUACAGAAGAAAUGUAUUAUUUGAUAUGGACA